ACCUGGAGGCAAAGUUUCAAAGCUUAAAAGACAGCGUCAUUUUUUUGUUCUUCUGCAGGAGGAAGGAGCUGCUGAGAUCUUUAUACACGUUUGAAGAUGAAAGACUUUUUAACAAGUUUUCCAUCUGGACAGUUCACCCUUUUUUUCACCAUAACUGCUUGCUUCGCUUAUCAUGCAAUGGUUGAUGAAACUCUGUCGGGCAGUUCUGUUCAUGACUGCAACGUUCACAUGGUUGUUCCAGCUGUCGUCCUCUUUUUUCUGAAACUGUGGGCAGAUCAAUCGUUUCAGAGAGCCUUCAUAUUUGUAUUUAAGGGUUUGUGUACUCGAUUUUUAUACUUGAAAAUGCUGUCAAGAGUAUUUCUCUUUGGCUUUUCUAAAGCAUUGCUUGUUGCUCUGCUGUGGGUUAUCGCCAUGUUAGUUGAUGGAGACUGGUAUGUGUGUUGUAAUGAGAAUCAUUGUGAACAUGAGAUGCAGCAAAUUUGCAAAAACCAAAGCAACAUUACAAGCGAGGAAAAAUUGUACAUCACUGAAAUGAAAACCAGAUCUAAGGUAAGUCUUACUUCUUUCUUCCCUGAUGAAACUGUAGUUAGAAUGAGUCAGUGUGAUUCUAUUCGGAGUAUUUCUGAUUUUCAGACCAUCGGCUUCGGGUUGCUCCUUGCUGUUGUAACUUUGGCCUCUCUGAUCUCUCCGCUUGAGAGGAUGCAACGCUGUCACAUUCAGUACUUUAACUUGUUUUUUGAAGAAGAAGAACAAGUAAUGGAGCAGAUUUGGAGGGAAAAGAUUAAAGAUGGGUUCAGUGAAAUAAUGAAAAAUAAAACUGAAGCCGGACUGUGGAGGGAAUGUGAAAAUGUGGCCCAAAAACUGAUUGAAGCCGAGCCAACGUCUAGAAAACCACAAGCUUCAUCAACUUUAAAAGAAUUUUUGGGCCAAGAGGAUGAAAAUGAGAAAGACACAGAGCUGCCGCUCCAUCACAUCUCCCCUAUUCCUGAAGAGGUUUCACACCCUCAGCCUGACGUUGGGGGAGCUGAGUCCACAAGUUCCAGCACCCUCUCCACCACCAUCAAGCACCCAGAACCAGUCAGAACAUGGACCAUAUCAGAUGACUCUGCAGAAUGGUCCAUUACCAUAUCCGAUGCUGAGAAAAGGAGCUGUUCAAUUCAAAGUCAGUCAAAGUUACUGACUUAAAAUUUACCAAAAAUGCUGAAAACAGUCCCACAAAGAUUAGUAAAAACUGCUGUUAUUAUUUAACUAUGAACAAGAUUAAAAUAGCAUGUCUUUAAAGGCUGAUGUUGUCUUCUGCUUUACAUGCUGACCCUCUGGGGUCAACGAUGGGGCCACGUCCCGUCUGAUUUUAGAUGACGUAGCAGCAAAUGCCGCUGCAGAGUCUCCACUCUCUGUCGACACGACAUACUUGAAACUAUAAAACAGAUUUCAAACUGUGUUGAUAAACCAGUGGUAGAAAGUGAUGUUGUUAAUGACGACUUCUGCACUCUAGAUUUAUCUGUUAAAGGGUCCUAAACACACACAUAUAUGUAAAUGUAUAAAUUAAAUAAUAUGACUGCACUCUAGUUAUUGUUGUUGCUUGUUAGAGAAGCGUUAUGUAACUUUGUGACCUUAAGAAUGUGAGCUUCUAAUUCAUUUUGAUGCUACAGUCAUGUUUAUUAUCUACAUUUCUCGUCCCAAGGCUGAGAAACCACUUCACAACUUUUUAAUACAGGAUGCCGUGUGAUGUUGCACCUGGGUUUCAGCGUUCAAGUCUGACCCCUCAGUUCCGCACAAAGAUGUAGCAUCAUGAAAGCAAAGCGUUGCGGCUACGUCGAGCUUUCCACCUGGUGUCCUGUCACACCAGGAGAGUUUCAGAGCAGAGCAUGUCGCGUCUCUGCUGAAUUCUCCAGUUCAUUCCAUCAUGCAAGGGUUGCAACAUGGUGCAAUCAUUGCUGCACUUAUGGACAUGUAAAGAGAAAUAUAAAGAUUAUUUGGCCAGUCCGACCCGCGUCUCACAUGCGCUAUACUUAUGUCUUGUGUCCUACAAUAUGCCGACUUUCCAUCUCAGAGAUAAAUGGUGUCAAGUAUCAUGUGAGACCCUUUCUCACUCAAUGGUUUUGUACUGGAAUCGGUGGUUUUGAUGUAAUGUUGUUUUAAAGUAAAGUAAAACACAGUCCAAUGUCUGGACAUAGUUUUUUAUUUUUAAAAUUAAACGGAUCCACUUUUAUUUUUUGGGGAAGCAGAGCAUCACAGUGCUUCAGAAACACUGAGGCACGCCUGGUGGGAAUCCUCUGAUUGGCUAGAGUUACCUGAUGCGAACGCUUGGAUUGGCUAAAGUUGCAGCAAUCAGCUGUAAAGCCUCACAACAGCCCCAAAGUUUCGCUUUCAGCAGAAACAAGGAGUAAAGGCCCAUUUAUCUACCCUUACAUACGUAAACAGAUAUGUCCGUUUCAAACGCAAUCAAUCAAUCAAUCAAUCAAUCAAUCAAUCAAUCAAUCAAUCAAUCAAUCAAUCAAUCAAUCAAUCAAUCAAUCAAUCAAUCAGUCAAAUUUUAUUUAUGAUUUGAUUUAUAUUUAUCAAAGUGCUGGACAGGGUUAAUAACAACAUAAACAUAGUACCCUUAUAAAUUAUAAGUGACACCACAAUCAUGUCGUACGUUGCCGCCCUUCAUACUUCCAAGCAUGUUUUGCGUUGCCAUGGUUAUGAAGUCAAUUUAUCCACUAGUAGGCAGUGCUGAGUUCUGGGUUGACUCUUAGUUCUGACGUCAGUUUCAGACACCGGUUAGUGACAGUAAUGUUCCUCUACAACCACCAAAAACACUGACAAAGCCUUUCUUUAAAAGCUCUAACCAUCUCUACAGUUGUCCUUGUCAUUGUUUUCUUCCUCCUCCCUUCUCUGGUUUGUUUAUUUCGCUGGUCACAUGUCAGCUAUACUGCUCAACACUGCCCCCUGUGGUUUCCGGUGGUAUUGCUCCAUUUGCUGGGUCAAGCAAUGGAUCCGUAAGGCCCCUGAAAACACACCGAAUCUGCAUGUAAAUGAUGCAAGAGAUGGACAAAAGUGUCCGUCUGCGUAUCAGUUUUCUGCAUCAAGCAUAAAAGGGACUUAAGGCAGGGGUUAAAGCAGGGAGAUUUCUAAAACCUGCAAAACCCUAACCCUCAAGGAUCAGAGUUUUUCCUCUAGUUCUUGUGGUUGUGAUGGUGCUGUAAAGGUUUCACCACCUGAGUCUUUUAUGGCAAAUCAAGGUGAGAUUUAGCUGCAAAGUUAGGAGAUGAGUCGGUAAAUUCCAGGGCAAUUUGAAGGUGGUUACCUGAGUUCAACCUGUGGUUGGAGCUCAUGAAACUGAAAGCGUUUUAGUUUUGGAUUACAACCUGCUCAGUCUCUGUGUGGAUGCACGUUCAGGGUUCAUCUCUUAGCAGAAGAAAACUGUGAUGAUGAUGAAGAAUGUCCUGUCAGAUUUUCCAUUUCAGAAAGUCAGCGUCUUCAUCACCAUCGUAGUGAGUUUCACAUACAAUUUUCUGCUGGACAUGUUGUUCAUCUGCAUAUUAAAAGCAGCUCUGGUUGGGUCGCUGUGGGUGGUGUCUGUGCUAAUCGAUGGAGACUGGUUUGUUUGCUGUAAGUACAAUCAAACUGCACAUCCUCAGCUGGCCUGCAGAGACAAGACCAGCCUCACAGCUGACGAGCAGACUGACAUCGCCAAACUUCAAAACAAGUUGAGGAAGAUUGGCUUUUACGUGAUCCUGGGAAUCCUGAUCUUGGUCAUCGUAAUGUCUCCGAUGGAAUGGUGGAAAUGUUGAGCUAAAAACUGCUGUGACAGAGAGAUGAUCUACGACCAUCUGAUUGUGGAAGAAGAGGAAUACGUACUGCAAGAAGUUUUGAGGACCACAGCAAAUCAUGAGUUAAAAAAAGAAAUGACAAGCAGAAUGGAAGAUGGAGAGUGGACGAAAUGUUUUAAUGCUGCUGAAGAACUGAUUGAUGCUGCAGCUGAAGAGAAGGAUGAUCAACAUCUGACAUCAUCUUGGACUUCAGAUGAAUUUAUAAAGAUAUUUUAGAAACACUGAUCUCAAUUUUCUACAUUUUGUUAUUGUUCAUUCUGAUUUUAUGCAA